AUGAAGUUGCGUGUGUUAAUGACGAAGCUAGGUGUUAGUGACGACGCUGGGUACGUCAGUGACGAAGCUAGGUGCGUUAGUGACGACGCUGGAUACAUUAGUGACAAAGCUAGGUGUGUUAGUUACAAUCCUGGGCCUGUCAGUGACGAAGCUAGGUGUAUUAUUGACGACGCUGCGUGUGUUAAUGACAAAGCUGCAUGUGUUAGUGACGACUCUGGAUACAAUAGUGACAAAGCUAUGUGUGAUAGUGACGACGCUGCGUACAACGACGGGUGUGAUAGUGACGACGCUGGGUGCAUUAGUGACGAAGUUGGAUGGGUUAGUGACGAAACUAGGUGUGGUAGUGACAAAGCUGGGGGUGUUAAUGACAGAGUUGCGUGUGUCAGUGACGGCGCUAGGUGCGUUAGUGGCAAAGUUAGGGGUGUUAGUGACGACGCUGCAUAUGUUAAUGACAGAGUUGCGUGUGUCAGUGACGGCGCUAGGUGCGUUAGUGACAAAGCUAGGGGUGUUAGUGACGAUGCUGCGUGCGUUAGUGGCGAAGCUAGGUAUAUUAGUGACGACGCUGCGUGUGUUAGUGGCGGCGCUAGGUGCGUUAGUGACAAAGCUAGGGGUGUUAGUGACGAUGCUGGGUACGUCAGUGAAGAAGUUAGAUGUGUUAGUGACCACGCUGCGUGUGUUAAUCAUAGCGCUGCGUGUGUCAAUGACGACGCUGAGUGCAUUAGUGACGACGCUGCGUGUGUUAAUCAUGGCACUGCGUGUGUCAGUGAGGACGCUGGGUGCGUUAGUGACGAAGCUAAUUGUAUUAGUGACGAAGCUGAGUGUAUUAGUAACGAAUCUAAGUGUGUUCGACGAUACUAG